AUGGCAUCUUCGGAGGGGGCCGUGCGGGGCCGUGGGGCCUCCCCGCACCUCUCUCCUCUCCCCUUGGCUGAUUCCCCACCCGUGGAAGGCGCCCCGCCUUCUCGCCCUCCCGACAGCACCCACGUUUGGGGCGGCUCGGGCUACCCCACUGACCCUUUGUCCUCCUGCUGCGGGCUUCGCCGAGCGCCCUGCCCGGUUACCGAAUGGGCGCUGCCACCGAUUGUAGGGCUCCUACCUUUGCCUGACUUCAGGCCGGAAUGGAGAGCCGUUGUUCGCCAGCCUCGGCUUCCUGAAGACCGGCCCGACCAGAUGUACAGCCGCGGCAUCGAGCUGGCUUGCCAAAAGCAGAAAGAGUUCGUGAAGAGUUCUGUGGCGUGCAAGUGGAACCUGGCGGAAGCACAGCAGAAACUGGGCAGCCUAGCACUGCAUAACUCGGAGUCCUUGGACCAGGAGCGUGCCCGGGUGCAGACGGCGGUCUCGGAGCUGAGGCAGCGGGAGGAGCAGUGGCGGCAGAAGGAGGCGGCGCUCGUGCAGAGAGAGCGCACGUGUCUGUGGAGCACGGACGCCAUCAGCAAGGAUGUCUUCAAUAAGAGUUUUAUUAAUCAAGAUAAACAAAAAGAAACAGAAGAUGAAGAUAAAACAAAAUCAUUUAUGCAGAAAUAUGAACAAAAAAUCAGACAUUUUGGUAUGCUGAGCCGCUGGGAUGACAGUCAGAGGUUCUUGUCUGACCAUCCCGACCUUGUCUGUGAAGAAACCACCCAGUAUCUUAGUCUGUGGUGUUUCCGUCUAGAAGCCGAACAGAAAGGGGCUCUGAUGGAGCAGAUAGCACACCAAGCCGUUGUCAUGCAGUUUAUUAUGGAAAUGGCCAAAAACUGUAAUGUGGAUCCAAGAGGGUGUUUUCGUUUAUUUUUCCAGAAAGCCAAAGCUGAGGAAGAAGGCUAUUUCGAAGCAUUCAAAAACGAACUUGAAGCUUUCAAGUCAAGAGUAAGACUUUAUUCUCAGUCACACAGUUUUCCGCCUCUGAUGGUUCAGAAUCAUGUUCUCCAUUCUGGAGAUGGAUCUAUAGGUGUAUUAGAAUCCUUCCCACAGAACCCGGGCCCUCUUCAGUGCUCCGUCAACGCCGCUCUCUGCAGCUUCGACCCGGCGGUCCACAGAGAGGACGACGACCCCAAAAUGAUGGACACGGCGUGACGGGGUGAAGGCCGCCGAGGCGCGUCUGCCCGUGCGACAGGGAGACGCCUGGCCGUUGUCUGGACACUUGAGCACGGGCGCUGCACUUUAUUUUUGUUCGGGGUUUGAUGGGCGGGGAGGAAGAGUACUGAGACGUUUGAUAUUUUUUUUAACGUGCUGCUAGUUGGUUUUGUCUGCUUGAGAGGAGUGGUUCCAGAAUCUGCGGGAAGUCGACUGGACUCUUGGGUUUUUCCUUUCCUUCCUUUGGUCUUAUUGUCCCAUCUUUGGAAUCAAAGUUCUGGAAAUCUGCACAAAUCCAAUGUUUACAAGGACCGGUGGAUCCUACAAGUCCGCUGCUCUGUGGCCAGACCCCGCCCUGCUCUCCCAAAGGACCGAAGAUCAACGUGAAGAACUUGCACCUUCCGAGAUAGCUGUCGCAUCUGCUGUUUCCUCGUAGGCAAAGCAAUAAAUCGUAGUUAACAACCUACUUUACGCAACUGGGUGGUACCGAUUGAAACCACACAGUUCCCCUGAAAACAGCCCUAACUGCACUUGUAUUGGCCGCCCCCUCAACUAAAUACAGCACGGUAAUCCACCAGUUGAUAGGAUACUAAAUUUGCACAUGCACACCCCGAAUCGUCACUGUACAACUGUGUUCCCUAGUAGUGGGUGGCACCCUGUUGGCUUUGGAAGAGGAAGGAUUCUCGAGAUACAAGAAGCUGCAGCUGGGAUUUGAGGCCCAAUCUGCAAAAAUAGGGGAUGGAAAUAGCUAGAUAGCAAUGUGAAGCUCAUCCUUAAUCUCGCUUGGCCUGGUCGGGGGUGGGGUGUCUCUCAGGGAGCAGGUUUUAUAGGGUCUGAGUGACUGUUAGACCAAACAGGAAGGAGAAGCUGAUCUUAAGAAUUAGCAUGGUGGGCGGUUUGUUUGAGUCUGAUGGAGGCCAAGGGUUUUUCUCAACUACAGGGGAAACCUGGCAGCGCUAAGUGCGGGAAGCUGCCAACAUUUGAGAUAGUUGGAUGACCCCUGUUUGCAGUGCUGGCUUUUUGUUUGGCUCUCCUUGCCCUGGCUCGGUCUCCAUGUCGUUCACGUUAAGGAUGUCAGGAUGCUUGAUGACCCCCUGGAUGUGGCAUUAGAUGACAAUGCUAAUUAUGCGAUCUUUACUACUUGAGGGUUCCAACUCUAACCCAGAGGAAUGGCAGCCUCGAGCUUGGACCGGGGCCAUUCUUUGGCCCAGUGGCAUCGUGUGGAAGAUGGUGAGCAGUGGGGGUACGUGCUCCAGGCUGAGAAGCCAUGCCACGGAGCCCUUCGGGCGGUCAGACAUGGGUCCUGCAGGCCCUCGUUUGCACCACUUUAAAACAGGUGACCGGGCACUCAGUGUCCACAGAGACGGCUCGAUUGAUGGACUCUGCCUCAUCUGUAGCAUCACACUCUGCCUGGUUUUCAGAAUAAAAGUCUCUCUGUGCUUUUGAUAAGAAAUAUAUGAUAAAUAAUAAAAUAUCUAAUUUAUACGGCACCCUC